AUGCCAAGGCUAUCUACUGAGCUCUUUCAACAUGCAUUCGGGCAUUUUAAUUCCAGAAAACUUCUACUUCACCCUUAUUCAAACCAACAACCAGCUGCUCCACCACCAUCAACCCCACAUACAGAACAUAGCAACUUUGAUGCGAAUGUCGUGAUGGUGUUGUCGGUGCUUCUAUGCGCUCUAAUUUGUUCAAUAGGCUUGAACUCCAUCAUCAGGUGUGUAUUUAAAUGCACACGCUUAGUUGGUUCAGAAAGCAGCAGUAGCCAGGAAAGUACUUUAGUUAAAGCCAACACUGGAAUCAAGAAAAAGGCAUUAAAGACUUUUCCCACAGUCAGCUAUUGGGAAGGAUUGAAGCUACCAGGAUUGGGCAAGGAAUGUGUGAUAUGCUUAGGAGAUUUUUCAACAGGAGAACGAGUCAAAAUUCUGCCAAAGUGCAACCACGGGUUUCAUGUGCGUUGUAUUGAUAAAUGGCUGAGUUCACAUUCAUCUUGUCCAACUUGCAGGCACUCCCUACUUGACACGUGUCAAAAGAUUGUCACAGGUGGGAAUAGCAGCGCCACAUCCUCAACACCCCAACAGCAAGUUUCAACUAAUAACAGUGGUGCGCUCAAAUGUAUUCGAUUAUCUCCAUCAUUCGGAUUAUGUUAUUGA